AUGUUAACACGAAUUGCCAGCGCUGCUGGCCGCCGAGUGCUAGCUUCGGCGACGUCCAAGCUCGUGGCUACGAAGCUCGCACCCCGAUCGAUCAUUUCCGUCUAUACCGGACAUGGUGCCUUGCCCGUGCGCAGCUUCUCUGUCUCGGCUCUAGCCUCUGCUCCCGCAGCUUCCAAGAAGACUACAUCGGCUGCGACGAAAAAGAAGCCGGCGAAGCGGUCGACGCCGACGAAGAAGAAGAAGAAGGCCACCAAAGCAGCUGCACCCAAGAAGGCGAAGAAGACGGCCAAGAGGGCGCUGACGCCGGAGGAGAAGGAAAAGGCCGCCAUCAGAGUACUCAAGAAAAUGGCACUGUUGAAGGGCCCGCAGCUGCUGCCCGAGAGCUCCUGGGCAGUCUAUGUGUCGCAGAACUUGACCGCUGGCUCUGGCCCGUUGACGGAUAAGAUCAAGGAGGUUGCAUCCGCCUUCAAAAACCUCUCCGCGUCGGAGAAGGAGCGACUCCAGGCCACGGCCCAGUCGAACCAGGCGGCCAACAAGCGGGCGCGACAGCAAUGGAUCGAGUCGUACCCCCCUGAGGCCGUGUACAUGGCCAAUAUUGCCCGCCGCCGGCUCGCCCGCAAGCUCAGCAAGACCCGCGUCUACCUGAUCCACGACGCACGGCUGCCCAAGCGUGCGGGCUCUCCGUAUACGCUCUUCAUCAAGUCGCGCUUUCGCAGCGCCAGCGACGGCGGCGCCACCUCGUCCCAGGACGCCUUCCGCGCCAUGAGCCAGGAGUGGAAGAACUUGAGCGAAGCGGACAAGCAGCCCUUCCGCGACAUGGCCGAGUCACAGUCGAGCGCAAACAAGGAGCAGCUCAAGGCGCUCAAGGAUCGUGCCAAGGCGUACUGGAAGACGCACGAGGGCGGCUCAUCGAGCCAGGUUCCGUCUUGA